AUGUCCCCAAUUCCACCUCUCCUGCCUCUGCCAUCACCAUCAAAGUCGAUAUCUCAAAUCCAGAGUAGGUAUCAACCAUGGGCAGAUUUGAGUCCGGGUAUGUUGAAUAUGAUCUAUGUCAAGCACCCUCCAGGUCCUGCCGGUGACAUCGAGUUCCAAUUUGUUUGCAAGAACUGGUGCCAGAUCGACCACCACGAGCCGAAAUUCGAGCAGCCGCCAACGUCAAUGAUUCCUCGUCCUAGUUCUCGCUUAAAAUUCUCUCACGACGAGGCUCCGGAGAGAUCGACCAUCGACGGCGCGUGGGUCAUCCACAGGUUGGCGAGUGGGUGGUGUCUUCUGGCGAGCUGUCAAGGUACGUAG